UUCCAGACACGCCCUAACCACCACAGCUGCCAGCGCUCUGGAGAAGAGGAGGUUCGGGUGAAAGUGGAGCUGAGGGGAAGAGAGGAAACCUGAGGGCAGGCUAUGCGGGUCCGGACUCUUAUUAACAGGCUGUCAGCGCAAACCGAAGGGCGCCGAGAUGUCAGCGAGGGGACGAGGAUGUAGCACACCUGAGGAGAGCGGCGUGUGGCGCGUUUGAGAGACGGAACUAAUUCUGGAUUCAAUGCGUGUGCAGUUCCUCACCAGUGAUGAGUUGGCUCCUGUUGUGGAUUGUAACAGCAGCCGGGAUUCAACAGGCCUACUCCCUGAAUUCCACCACCAUGCGGCCUGCCACAGCUGUCACAUCCCCAUUUGUAGACCUGUACAACCGCACACAGUACUGCAAGUGGCCCUGCGAGUGUCCAGAGACCCCCCCUAAGUGCCCGCCAGGUGUAAGCCUCCUCAUGGAUGGCUGCGACUGCUGCAAGACCUGCGCCCGGCAGGUGGGCGAGGUGUGCAACGAGGCAGACAUGUGUGACUACCACAAGGGACUGUACUGCGACUACAGCUCAGACAAGCCUAGGUACGAAAAAGGAGUGUGUGCAUACAUGGUGGGAAUCGGCUGCGAGCACAAUGGCGUGAUCUACCGUAACGGGGAGAGUUUCCAGCCCAACUGUAAAUACCAGUGCGUGUGUGUUAACGGUGCUAUUGGCUGUGUGGGGCUGUGCACAGAGUCUCAGCCUCCCCGCGUUUGGUGCCAGACCCCACGACGAAUCAAAGUCCGGGGACAGUGCUGCGAGCAGUGGAUCUGUGACGAGCCCAGGAGAGGGCGCAAGACAGCGCUGCGACAUGCAGUCGAGGUUUUCCCAGCCGAGACCACGAGCUGGCACAAAAACUGCAUUACCCAGACUACCUCAUGGAGCCCGUGCUCAAAGACCUGCGGCCGCGGCCUGUCCAUGAGGAUCUCCAAUGCCAAUGAGCGAUGCGAGCUGUUUAAAGAAUCUCGUCUCUGUAACCUGCGGCCGUGCGAGGUCGACAUCACCAAACACAUCAAGCCAGGGAAGAAAUGUCUUAAUAUCUACAGGGAAGAUCAGCCAACAAACCUCACCAUCUCCGGCUGCACCAGCAAGAAAGCGUACCGGCCCAAAUACUGCGGCGUCUGCACCGACGAACGCUGCUGCAUCCCCUACAAAUCCAAAACCAUUGACGUGGAGUUUGAGUGUCCCAACGGGACGGGAUUCACCUGGAAGAUGUUGUGGGUUCAGGCCUGCUUCUGCAACCUCAGCUGCAGAAGCCCCAAUGACAUCUUUGCUGACCUGGAGAAUUAUUACGGUUAUCCAGAGGUUAUGAACUAAGAAGCGACCUGUCGGUUUGUCCCAUCUGUAAAGAGCUUUAGAACUUUUUCCUGACUUUCAUUUCCUAUGCAGUUUUUUUCCUUUCCUUUUUUAGUCCAAUCAUGUACAAGGGAUUUUGUUCUGUUUUCUUUUUCCUAUUGGAAAAAUCUGUAAAUAUCACAUAUGUGUAUUCAUAAAGCAUGGUGUGCUUUUGAAGACUAUUUAAAGAACUGUUUGCAAAUGAAAAUAUUCAACAAAGCAUGUGAAAUACUGAAGGUUUAAUUUAUUUAUGAGGCUUUUGGCAUAUAUACUGGCAUGCUAUGUUUUUUGGACGACGUCUCACAAGGACAUUGCUUGCCUGCCUUUAAACUCC